CCCGUUCCAGAAGUCUCACGGGCACCGCAAAAUAGAUGACCAUCCACCCCCUGCCCUAUUCGCAACAGUGAGAGCAGACAUGUACGCUCGACGCAACCUCCUUUCUUCGAGUUUUGAGCAGUAGCAGCAGCAGCAGAUCGUCAUCUACCAUUGCAUCCCUUCUCCUUCCCCUUCCUCUUCCCAUUCUUCACUCUCCAUUUAAAGCAUGGAUGGUAAUGGAGGUCCAAGUUUGUAUCCGUUGCACCGUUGCAAAACUCUUCACUUUGUAAGGCAUGCACAAGGAAUUCACAAUGUUGAAGGGGAUAAGAACUAUAAAGCAUAUAUGUCUCCUGAUUACUUUGAUGCACAGCUUACUCCAUUGGGCUGGCAGCAGGUUGAUAACUUGCGGAAACAUGUUCAAUCAAGUGGGCUAUUUAAGAGGAUUGAUUUAGUCAUCGCGUCCCCGUUAUUAAGAACCAUUCAAACAGCUGUUGGAGUAUUUGGUGGUGAAGGCUACACAGACAGGAUGGAUCCACUACCACUAAUGGUGGCAAAUGCAGGAAAUAGUGACCGUCCUGCAAUUUCAAGUCUAGAUUGUCCACCUAUUGUUGCAGUAGAACUGUGUCGUGAACAUUUGGGUGUUCAUCCUUGUGAUAGGAGGAGAAGUAUCAGUGAAUAUCAAUUCCUUUUUCCAGCUGUUGAUUUUUCACUGAUAGAAAGUGAUAAAGAUAUACAAUGGAAGGCCAAUGUAAGAGAGACAAAGGAAGAACUUGCAGCUAGGGGAAUGAAGUUCAUGAACUGGUUGUGGACAAGGAAAGAGAAAGAGAUAGCAAUUGUUACACACAGUGGAUUCUUGUUUCACACGCUAAGUGCAUUUGGCCAUGAUUGCCAUCCAUUGGUUAAAAAAGAAAUUUGUAAACAUUUUACAAAUUGUGAGCUCCGUUCUAUGGCUAUUAUGGACAGAAGCAUGUUAGGAUUAGAUUCCUCGACAACUAACUAUCCAGGAAGGCUCCCUCCUGGGCCUGACCUCCCUAGUGAGGCUGUGGAUGAUGAUGCUGUGAAUGAUGAGAAUACAGAGAAAAAAAUACCCAAUUCUGGAUUAUCUUGGACAAAAAAUGUCUAGUCCAGUAAGCUUUACAGGAAGCAUAUUGCUACAUUGAAUUGAAGCUCUCCUCACAUGACAACAUGAUCCUUUCCCGGGAAGACGCUUGUAAUGUAUGCAUUUUUGGAUUUACAAGAUUCUGCAGUCAAUUUUACAGAAGGCGCUGGAGUUUUCCUGGUAAAAGAACAGAGGUGUGCAUAUUGAGCAGCCAGCUCUUUUUCUAGUCCAGAAGUGGGUUGCAUGGAAUUUAAAGCUGAGAUGAAGAUUGUACUGUACCUUCUCAAAAUUUUCUUGUGUAUCUGAAACUGAAAAUUGCUACUGCUGUCCUUAUAUUUCUUAUAUAUAUAUUCAGAUGCAUUCUUGCAACUUUUGUAUAAUUGAGGGCACUCCAGAAUGACAUUGUUUCACUUCCCCCUUGCAUCCCGACUAUAUUAAUAAAGCCAUCAACUUCUGUCCCCA